AUUACAGAAUGUUAUGGAUGUUGGGAUUCUUCCAGACACCAGAGGGCGCGCUAAACUACUAAUUUCACUGAGACAGUCUCUUGCCAAAUUUACGUCAUUGGUCAUGGGCCGGAAGUAGUUCACACGUUCGAACAUGGCUGCUGUGGAUAUCAGAGGUGUGUAGUUCAGCUCCUCAUUUGAGCUUUUAUAUAAAGUAUAUCAAUACUCGUCGGGUGUACUCCCGGCAGGCAUUGCGGCUUUGUGAUAGUUUAUUGAAUAAGGACCAUGUUACAUGCACUAUGUGUCUAUUUAACAGAAUAUACAUUGCUGUUGAUGAAUAUAAACCUAUCUUAUCACAAUAACAUUUCAGAUAACUCACCUUAAGUUUUAUGUUUAUAAGUGACACUUUAAAAAGGUAUUGCACUUGGUUUAUCUAUGAUUAUCUAUUUUUUUAUUUAGGAAUAGUUUGGCUGUGUCAGUAUUUUGUUAAAGGACCACUAUGGGCACCCAGACCACUUCAGCUCAAUGAAAUGGUCUGGGUGCCAGGUCCAUCUAGGGUUAACCCUGCCUGCUGUAAACUAUGUUUACACUGGGGUUACUCCAGCCGCUAGUGGCUGUCUCAUUGACAGCCGCUAGAGGUGCUUCAGCGAGAAUCAGAGAAAAUCACAGUGAGAAGAUGCUGACGUCCAUAGGAAAGCAUUGAGAAAUGCUUUCCUAUGGACUGAUUGAAUGCGUGUGUGGCUCUUGCUGCGCAUGCGCAUUCAGCGCUGACGUCAGAAGAGGCAGGAGAGUUCCCCAGCGCCAGGGGAGCCUGGCGCUGGAGAAAGGUAAGAGUUUAAGCCCUUCCCCCCCCUUCAGCCCAGCAAGAGUGGGACCCUGAGGGAGGGGGGGGGACCUAAAGACUCUAUAGUGCCAGGAAAACAAGUUUGUUUUCCUGGCACUAUAGUGGUCCUUUAAAUAAUCUAAUGUAUUAUUUUAUCUUUUUCCAAUUUGCAGAUAAUUUAUUGGGUAUAUCAUGGGUGGACAGUUCCUGGAUUCCUAUACUGAACAGCGGGACAGUUCUGGACUACUUCUCAGAGCGAAGCAACCCAUUCUAUGAUAGGACAUGUAAUAAUGAGGUUGUUAAAAUGCAAAGGUUAACGCUUGAACAUUUGAAGUAAGUCAUUUUACAUGUAUUAUGCUUUAAAUAUUAGACUGAGGUUUUUCUUUUGUUGUUUUCUUAUCCCCUGCAGGCAACUUGCAAGAAAUGUAGUUAUGGAUUCUUAAGGCGUAAACUCAAUGAUAAUUUUCUCUGAAAUUAUUACUUUCUCACACACCAUCUCCUUUCAGGAUCCUCAAUGCUGAGCGGACGAUGGCUAAUUGAGAAGUAACAUUCAUAUCAGACUAACCUUCUCCUGCUGCUUCUGAACUGAUUUGAAUUAAUUGAAGUAACACCAUAGCUUGUCAUAACUGCAGACUGACCUCAUUGAUGGUAGUAGUGUUUAAUGAGGUUUUUUGUUAACUGAUGUAGUAACAGUGAUCACUAUCUGUUCGGAGUUCAGUUCCACAAUAUAUGCAUCUUCACUUCACCCAAAAGACUGUGUCCUUUUAAGUGUGAUCGCUCUAAACAGAUGCUGAUCACUGUUAGCCUUUGCAACUGCUGUGGUUUUGGGCGAACAGGUAUCGUUUUAUUUCAGUAACACUGCAGGCAUAACAAGUUAUGGUGUCAAUGAAUUGAAAAUAUAUUUUCAGUGCUGAAACCCCAUGACACUAAUGGACUAACUCUCAGAUCUGAUAAUUUCAAAUCCAAUCAAUAGCCUCAGUACUGAUGAUUCUAAGGCAGGUGGCUAACUGAAAAGUACUUUUUUAUUUUGUUUCUCCUAGAUGAAUGUACAGCAGAGGGCCAUGUUUGUGUAGAUUAGGCUGAUAAACUUAAUAAAAUCCUCAAUAAACAUAGACAUUAAUGCUCUUGCAAAAGUCCAGAAAUGUAUCCAUCAUGAUCCUGAUUUAAUGGAAUUCACACUCAUUUUUGAGUAGGAAUAAAUCUAGCAAGCUCCACAUUUUCCACACAAUUGUAAUUCUAUUUUCCCGCAUACUCAGUUCUCACUAUUUCAUUUUUUGUUCAUUGUCUUUCAGCCAGAUGGUUGGUGUGGAAUAUAUUCUGCUACAUGCACAGGAACCCAUAUUAUUUAUCAUCAGAAAGCAGCAGCGACAGUCCCCAACACAAGGUGAGUUAAAGGAUGAAGCAGACAGUCUGGUACUGUUGGCCCCUUUGGAGUCCUAGAUCCUUGAAGUUGCUGAAUCAAUAUGGGCUUAUACUAAAUAGUAAAAUGAAUGGGGUUCUAAUAUAUGUACAUAAUUGUGAUGGGACAUUCCCAUUGUCUACCUUAAAGCUCAGUCAUUUAGAGUGAUAAAAGUAAUACUUUGUAUUUAAAAAAGAUUAAAACAGGAGGCCAAAACAUUUUUUUUUACCUAUCCAAGCUGUAACAAGUUUCACAAUAUCUGACUUGACAGCUUUUCAAUGUGUAUGUGGGGAUAUCUUAAACACUGCAGCCAUUCAGAGUCUGUGAUUUACAGAGUAGCUCACAUCUUUCCAAUACAGGAUAGUGGUUAUAGUGUCUGGUGUCUGCAUAUGUAUCUUUUCACUGUGAAAUGCUGCAUAUAUAGAGUUUAAAACCUUUGUUGUCCAAAGUGUGACUUCACCACCGGCAGUAUCAUUGAGGCAUUGAUAGCCAGCCUGGAUUAAGCGUUACGGGGUGGCUAAUGCCAAUUUUGUGCAUAUUUCUGUGCACAGAGUUGCAUACAUUGGCCGAGAGCUGCCAGCUGACUGUAUGAAAAGAAAGGGGAAAAAAAACUAAUAUUUUGCCUAUUUUUUUUACAAUCCUGCAUUGAGGCUGUGUAUUCGGAUAUAUGGGGAAGGCAGUUGACAACCUAUGAAGAGCAGUUGCCCGGGGUCUGAUUAAUAUGAAGUGUAUAUUUAAAAUGGUUUGGAACCUAACAUAUUCACAAUCUUGUAUCAAACCUCCAAUUUCUCAUUGAUUGAUCAAUGUAUAUCUUUGGAACCCAUAUUAUAACCGAUACAUAAGAUAUUAAGUAGUAGAUUGAAGUAGUCAAAAUUUCACUUGUAAAAUUAACUGUGAAAAUUUCAGUCCUACCACAUCACCCAACAGACAGGUGACUCCGUCACAUGUUACUAGGAAUACUGGAAGAAUGUGUGGCGAGUGCAUGAUUAGCCGUGCUGCACUUCUCAUGCAUGCACUCUUAGUUGACACACCCCUUUAACUGUAUCACAGACAUGGCAGCCUUUCCCCACCCACUCCCUCCCUCUCACUGUAUCAGACCUCUGAAAGGUGGUGGAUCUCAGAAAUCCUUAUUGAAAAUAAAAAUGAAUGAUUGUUAAAUUAUAUUAUUAUUAAUUCCUUAUUGCCUGUGGAACCAACUUAUUGCCUCUUGAAAUUCAGCUAUGUGGAUCUGCAUGCAGCGCUCUGUGUUGGCCAGGAACUCCCCUUUAGUUAACAAUUUAAUCUAUACAUUUGCUAGGAAUUUUGCUUUCUGCAGUACACAACUAAGUGCAAAGUCUUUUUAUAUGUUGUACAGUCCUGGUAUUUUUUUUAAUUUUUUUUAAGUCACACUCUUAACCAAUUUUCUCCAAUAAUACUUUCUAUAUUACAUAUUUCACCUUUCUUUUGAAAUCUGAAGUUCCCGCAUUCCUCCUUUUCUGACCCUGUCAUCUGCAACUGUGCCUGAUGUAAAUGGACACUCCAGACCCCUAAUGCACUCUAGCUUGCUGUAAAGCUUUGUGUGAAGAUUGUGUCCUAUGUUAUUCAUUUUGCAAAAAAAGUGCAGAUUUAAGUGGAAAUUUACACCCACCCACCCAGGUCCUGUAACCUCCUGGUUUGUUUAGCUCUGUGGAGCUAAACUGAAGAGGCAACAGUUGCCCAGAGCAUCUGUGUUACAAACAGUUCUCAUUGAACUGGGAAGUCUGUGAUUGGACAGCCACAGAAAGUCUGGCCGGGGCUACAAGGGGAGGUUUUGCAAGUUCUUUCGUAGCUUAUACCCCCCAAUGAAAAAUGCGUAAUGAAAUGCAUGCAAUUUUCAUUUGAGGCAUAUCUACUCCACAAUUACUUUUAUUUUGUAUUUGUGCAGUUUAGUUUACCUUUAAUGUGAUUUCUGUGGUUUUAAUCCUAUAUUUUUUUUGUAUCUUUAAAAACUACUAAUAUUUUAAUGAGAUGCCGUUUUGUGUUUUAAUGCAGCUAUUCCGCUUGCUGAUUACUACAUUAUCGCAGGAGUGAUUUAUCAAGCACCAGACCUGGGAUCCGUUAUCAAUUCAAGAGCAGUAAGAUUUCUUUCAUGAACUACGAGUAUAUAUUUUUGUAUAAUUCUUUAUUUUUCAUGCAAGGAAAAAAUACAAGGCAAGCAAUGCCACAAUAGCUAUUGCCAGCGUGUUAGUCAACAUUCGAAAACAAUUGUAUGGCAUAUCUAAACAGUGCACAUUUUGUAAUAUUAUAGGAUGUAGUUUCAUGCAUAGGUAAGUCAGCAUAUCAGUUACAAUUGAUUGCUUACAAGUUACAGCUUCAGAUGUACCUACUGACAUUAUUACAAGGUUAAAGGGUCUCGUGCGUAGCCAAGAUAAUUAUUAGAGUACCGUAAGUCACCACCAAGCAGGGUUAGCAUUACAGGUUAUCAGUGUCAGUAGGCGGGAAACUAAAAUUAAAUUAACAUAAAUUAACUGAACCAUAACCUUAUCAGAGAAGGUGCAUAUUAAGUAUGAAAGCAUAUUUCACAGCUAGAUAUUAAGUGUAUGCUAAGCAUUGUAAAAAUAAAAUAGUUAAACUUGCUGGAUCCUAUUAAAUAGGCUAUAAGGUAACAGGCUCUCUGUUAACAUGCUUAGUGUAAGAAAUUAUUAUAAAGUUAUAAACUUGUAAAAGUAAAAUAAUUAAAUUUGCUUAAAGGACCACUAUAGUGCCAGGAAAACAUACUCGUUUCUUUAAUAUUUCUUCUGACCCCAGGCUUGUUGGGGGCCCGUUUUGUAGGUUCACUAAUUCAGGCACUCCUGGGGGUCCAGGUCUUUACCCUCCCCCGGAGCGGACAGAGGCUCAGAGUGGUGCAGUCCGCCGUCGCCAUUUGUUUUUCCGUGCCCGUGGUGGUUGUUGGAUCGAAGCAGCGCCUUGGGUGGCUCUCGGCCCCGGCAUAUAGGGAGCCAUGUUGGGAGGCUUUUGUGCAGGUGGGUCGCCUUUAUUGGGUUCACGCUGUUUCCGUAUUGCAGCGUGAGGGGUCCAUAACCGUGGUCUCUUGCUGAGGCAACGCCAGAACUCCUGGCAGAGUGCCUCAAACCGUGCGUUGAACGAUUCCCUCCAUUGCCGGAUCUCUUGCAGAGUAUCAACUGCUGCGACUAUCUUGGUUUCGCCACGCGGCUUUCAGGCUUCCGUUUGCGCUUUAAUCAGGUGUUAAAUAUGGGUUCCCUGUGGGGAUCGGGAUAACCCACGCCAGCCUAAGGGGGGGGGGAAGCUAUGUGCUCCUGAAGUGAAGCACUAUGUGGCAGGCACCGCCUCGGGAGAUCGGCCGCCUCCAGCGCCCGCUCAGGUAGGCCUCUGAUGGGGAUACGAUUGCUGCUUAAGAUGGGGGUCCGGUCCGGACAGCUUGCUCUUGGCUUACUUAAGAGUCAGCUUGUAGCUCAGGAUCCCGGUUGGCUGGGAUUUCUUCCGAAAAUCGCUUGGUUUUAGCUCAAUUCAGCAGGAGCUAGGGAGAAACACGUCCACUCGGCUCAGACAUCAGGCCCCGACCCUACAAGUGUAUUUUAAAUAACAUUGUGUGUAUCGUUAUUGUCUUUACUGUUCUUCUGUAGAUAUUAGGCUAGAAAAAAUAUUUGCUGUGUUAAACCCGACUCACACUAAGGCAGGGCUUUGAAUCAAGGAACCAGCUAAAAAAGUUUAAAAGACAGGUUUUUUUUAAACUUACAAAAGAUUAUUUUCAAUGACAAAAAUAAAAUGUUUGAAGGCACACUAUAAUCACCGGGACCAUUACAAUGUAGUGUUCUGGUGUCCAUAGCCUGUUCCUGCAGGGUUUUCAAUGUAAACACUGCCUAGUGGCAUACACUUAGAAGGCACUAAAGUGCUUCCUAUCUCAGUGCUAAACGUUGUGCAUGUGCAAUAGCUUCCCAAUACUUUCCUUCACACGCUGCUUAGUGAUGCUGGGGCUGUAUAUGAUGUCCCUCUGGCCCUGGCAUCACUAAGUGGCGCACCAGAGAACAGAGAUUACACAAGAGAAUGUGAAGCCGACCAGCUGCCCACCUCAGAUGGAAUGGGCUCACAAAUCCCAGGCGCCAGGACAAAAUUCCUUGUCGCCAUGGAGACCUGGUGUCUGGGAUUUGUCAAGAAUGAACAAUUUUUCAUUUGAAAACAGAUUUUUGGAAUAUAGUGUAAGGUCUGUCUGCAAUUAGAGCAUCUCAUUUGUCUCCCAUUAUGCACUAUUUAUAAGGAACCAAGACAAGUAGCAUUGGCACCAUCUAUGUUUUAAAUUAAAUAAAGGCAAACACAGCUUUCAGUAUGUCAGCAUCAAUGCAAAUCUGCUUAAUUCUCCACUAGAUCUUAAUUGAAUUGGGUUUACUCUAUGUGUAAUGGAAGGCGGGUUUUACACUGCCCCAGUUUGCAGAUAAGUGUUCAGGUGAUAUCUGUUGACUUAGAUCACACAAACAGAGGUUGAUAUGCUUCUAUUUGCAAUGUUUUCAAAGUCACUUCUAAUAUCAUAAUCAUUAUUUUAGGAUACUGUGUGUUCAAUACAGGGAUUCUAUACUGUAAGUAAUAUAAAGUUGUAGUCGAUACAGUAUAGUUACCUCACACACCCUCCCCCCACAGUCCUGAAAGCCGAUUCAAAUGCCGAUUUCCCUCGGUGCUCCGACUCCUCCAUCAUCACCCGACGGGGUGGGGCCAAUGCGCAUUGUAGUUUCCAUGAGCAGGAGUUGUCUGGGUGCCUAUAGUGUCCCUUUAAUAAUUAUACUGUCCUCAGUGAGCUCAUCAACUUGGUGGAAUUGGAUGAAAUCAGGCUAGGUUUUUGGGAAAGACUAGUGUAGGACAGGGUGGUUUGGGUUCUGUGGUGGACACAGGGAAUAAUUGACAAAAAGGGACUGGUGAAGAGGAUGUCUAUUAGUCAGGAGACGUAUUGAACUGUGGAGGGUGAAGGAAUGUAUGUGUGAAUGGUCAUGAAAGAAGCAAAGUGAUGUGACAAUGAUUCAUUCCAGCUGUAGGGAAUAAGAGGUAGAGGAAUCUGAAGCAAAAACGUAUGCAGGGAGGAGGGGAUAAGACCGUAACCUCUGUUUAGUAAAGGAAUAAAAUGUCUAUUUAGAAGGAAACCUAUAUCUUGCCAGUACUCUAAUGCCUCGUUUCCACUGAGCGGAACGGUUCGGGUCGGUACAGUUUGGAAGGUUUAGAAUGGUCUAAUUCAGGGGAGCGUUUCCACUGCAAGUCAGACUUUCAGGGCCCUGCGGGGUUUAGAAAAAGUGCCUAGCGUGUCAUUUGUCGUGAGCAUUGACGUUUUCCUGUCCGCCAAUCAAUGGAUUGUAUAGUGUGACGCUAGUAGCUCCGCCCUAACCAUACCAUUUCCUAUGGCCCUACAUCUGAAGGAGGACCAUGAAUGGUGCGGUACAGUUCGGUUGUAUGGCCCACUUUCAUAAUGGAAACACUCAAAAUAGCGUACCGAACCGAACCGCUCAGUGGAAACAAGGCAUCUGUGGCCCCAUUUCUUGCCUUGUUUAAACUGUAGGUCCCCUUGCUAGAUAUUGGUUCAUGGGCAAACAGAACAAUUAUUACCAUAAAGAACCUAUUUGAUAGAGGGUUUAUCUCCUGAUUUGAAGUUGGUCAAAACAGUCACCUUCCUGACGGCAUUUUCAUUGAAUUGCUGCAGUUUCAGACUUUCUUUGUAAAAAAAAAAACAAAAAAAAAAAACACCCCAUCUGUAAACCUAUGCCCAGAAAUUUAUAUUAAGUGGGACGUUCUAGAGGUGGUGGUUCUCUGAAUUAUUGAUAUGAAGUAUAUUAGUAUAUGUAAAUUGUGGAGGCCACCCAAGUUGUACCUCAUAUAUCCCGAGGUGAAUCACAAACCCUUAGAAAACCUUUAAUGAUCCAAUUUCAUUCCUUUUUAUAUAUAUUUUUUUAAAUUCCUAUUUACUUUCUUCUGAGUUCUAAUUUACGCAGACCAGUGUGAUCAAUUGCUUUUGUGAAAUACUGAAUAAUGUAUGCAGAUUUAAGUGGAUACAGUUCCAUGACACGAGAUGUGUGGUUUACAUUAUGUUGAACACUGUAAAUGUUUCUUUGCACUUUGGCAAUAUACUCUGUCAAUAUGUUUGAUGUAAUGUUGUGUAUAUUAUACACCUUUAAAAAUAUGUUAAUGUAUGUUGAAAUGCAAUGCAUCUAAUGCCCACAUAAUUAUACCAUAGGUCAAGCUUAGUUAUAAGUGCAGCAGUUAAAAAAAUUAAGAUCGAUUUAUACAAUACGUCGAGCCUCGUUACAAGCACAGAUGCAACAAAUAAAAAAUGAAACAAGUGGGAUGUAGUUAUGGUUCUACAAGUGCACUGGCGCCCGUCACUAGCGUAAGUAGGAAAAACGUAUGUGUAACUCUAGUGGGGGUCGGGGCAGCGAAGGACACUUAUGCAGUGCCAAACUAUUUGAAACGUUUAAUGCUGAAAACUAAGCUGGUGCUAGAAGACUCCAAGUAACAAAACCACUUCAGUUAAGCGAUUGUAGUGUCUAUAGUGUCCCUUCACACCACAAUAGCAGGGCUGUAAAAAUCUUCAACUCCACUAUGUUUGCAUUUUAGCUGUUUUGACUUAAAAUUUACUCUUGUGAGUUCUAAACAAUUCCCCAGUUUAGUAAAUAUCUCAAGAAUUUUUCUUACAUUUCCCACCCCAUUUGUACAAUUUCUUAGUAGUUGGUAUUUCCCUAGCAUGAUGUAAUAUACUACACAUUUCAUUUUUCACAGCUGACUGCAGUUCACGGGAUCCAGUCUGCAUUUGAUGAAGCCAUGUCGUACUGCCGGUAUCACCCAUCCAAAGGCUACUGGUGGCAUUUCAAAGACCAAGAAGAGCGAGGUAAGCAGUUCUGUGUUGUUGAGCGGAAACCUAGAGCAUUCCGGCAAUCAUACUGCAUUGCCGAAGUUCUCACCUGACACUUCACAUUUGAUUUAUAUGUUUGCUAGGAGAGGCUUUCAGUAUUGAGACCUGAAAGCCUCACAAGGCUUAUUAAAGAGAUUAGUGCCUGCACAGCUGUUUUUACCAAGCUUCAAUCAUUAAGGCUCUUCACAGUGCAGGUUUUGCUGCACAUCCUUGCAUCAGUUCAGUUUACAUAAUCACAGAUUAAUCCUUGAUUCGCCGUAAAAUAUAUUAAUGUGAUUAGUGCACACGUCACAGGAAAGGUAUAAUGCAAUAGUGGUUUACAUUAAGCUAUGUGCUUUAUUUUUUAUUUUAAAUCCGCAUUACAGCUUUUUAAUAUUUCAUGUGCCAUCUAUAAAUCGUAAGCAUUUAUGUUCUCUGCAACCUUUAUCUUUUUAUUUAGUUCUCGGAGUGUUGGCCCACUCUAUGGUAUGUGUAUAAGGAUACAGUACUUGGGUCAGGUCUCCACAUCUCCUCCUACCCUCGUGGAGACGCCAACCCUUGGGUGGAUUUGGCCCGACCAAUUCGACACCAUGAAUUGAUAGUCAUCUUGCUUCAAUAGCAGUGUUGCGAUCUUUUUGCGCCCUGCUGAUUGGCAGAGAGGGCUUCUCCAGUUCGGGGAGAGGUGGGCUGAGUCUCUAAUAGAUUCAACCUUUCUAGACAUGCACACACUGGGUGCUUACUUUUCUCAAAGGGGCAGGGAGGUGUGUCAUGACGUGGAUGGGUGUAUCCUCCAUUACAUUUAGUUAACAGCCUGUCUCCUAGUGCUUGGUUGUACUCUGCUAAAUGUGGUGUUCACUUCAGUGUGCUUAUCCUGAUUUGUCCAAAUAUUUGGUAUCUGAUCCUCUGCUUGUCCUUCUCGUUUGAGAACCUAUGCUGCCCGUCCUGACCUUAUGGCUAGUCCGACAACAUCUCAGCUCAUUCCCUAUUUGUACUGUGUUUCAUGUAUUUCUUCAGCUACUUGCAACAUUCUGGCCUCCAUCUACUUUUACCAUAUAAAACCUUACAGCUUGUCAGUUUAUUAAUCCUUUCUAACAGACUUGUUGUUAAAGGUACGCUCAACUGCCAAUUUAAAAGUCACUGUUUAGUAGAAACAAUGAAAACGUGCAUUCAUUUAAUGAUGCCUUUUUUUUCAAUUAAGGGUAUAUCUAAAUACCGCUUGUAAAACCUGCAGAUCUCUUGUCUGCAGCCUUUGCAAACUCUCCCCUUCUAGCCCCGCCCAGAUGUUCUGUGACUGUCCAAUCAGAGACUUCCUAAGGCACCUCAAUGAGAAGUCUUUGCAAAAUUGGUACUUUGGGCAAUUCCCUGCCUCUUGAGUAUAGCACUACUGAACUAAGCAACGAGUAAGUAACAGGAUGUGUUGUCUGACAAACCAACGGCGUGUAACUAGGUAUUUUUACAAAAGUGCCAAUUUCUAUUACUCUUUGUAAAAAGGAAAAAAAAGUGUCAUACAUUCUACAUACACAAACCACUUCAGCAAGCUGAAAUGUUGUGUGGGUGUGGAGUGUCCUUCUAAGAGUGGUUGUUGAAAGUCAACUUCUCUAUUCUUGGAGAAUGUGCCAUGGAUCCUUGUAGUGGCUUAUAAUUUAUUUAUUUUCGAGAUACACCACUAGGACACCGCGCCAGGCGACUGGACACCCAACCACCGCCCAGCAGGCGAGGCGUCACCCGAAAGGUGAGCGUUGCACGGACACCACAGGUGGUGCCGGGCCCUGUCGCUCCCCGACGCUACUACCUAGUCGCCACGCACUGUGGCGCAAACCACGGAGAUCUCUGAGAACCUCUCAGACUACUCCAAUACCUCAACCCCUUGAUCCUUACCUAAACCCCAACACCUGACCCCCCAACCCGACACCGACAGCUGACUGUGAGACCUCCUGAGACUACACACACCAAAGGAACGCAGGACAAAGACAUUUUCACAACACCCGUCGACAACGACCUGACUUGGCGGGAUGGCACUGACCCCAGACCACCUACACAUCUUUACAAUCAAUACAAAAGGUCUAAAUAAACCAGAGAAGAGAACAGGAGCACUGAGAGACUUUCACAAACAGAGGGCCUCUAUAGUAAUGAUACAGGAAACCCACUUUAAAAAAGGGAAUAGACCCAAACUGACUAAUCAGCACUACACACAAGGUUACUAUAGCGAUUUUCAAGGGGGUAAAGCCAGGGGGACAGCAAUACUCCUCCACAAGAGGGUGCCGUUCCAGGAGGGGGGAUGCAAAACGGAUGACGAAGGAAGAUACUUAUUCCUUAAAGGGAAGAUCGCGGGACACCAGUACACAUUCGCAAACAUCUAUGCCCCAAACACACAACACUACCGCUUCCUCAAACAGACACUUCUCAAACUUCAAGAAUUCGCAGAAGGGACUCUUAUACUGGGGGGCGACUUCAACAUAACUCUUGACCCAUCAUGGGACAACUCAUCGGGCACCUCCCACAUCCCCACUCAACAACUCCAAACAGUUAAAUCCCUACUCCGGAGUCGACGACUCGUGGACUGCUGGAGGGCCCACCACCCAGACGUAAGAAACUACACCUUUUACUCCCACCCACACAACUCUUAUUCCCGAAUAGACCACAUCUACACCACACACUAUGACCUCUCCCUAGUGUCUGAAGUAACAAUCGGAGUGGCCACAUGGUCAGACCACGCCCCAGUCUCACUAAAACUUAAAUCACCACUUUAUCGCCCCACGACCUCGAAAUGGAGAUUGAACGAAUACCUACUUACCAAACUAGAGGUCACAACCCUAAUAGGUGAGAAAAUCAAGGAUUACCUGACGACUAACACAGCAGAGCAAACAUCCCCGACGAUUCGAUGGGAAGCACACAAAAGCGUGAUAAGAGGCCACUACAUACAACAGGGGGCAAUACUGAAGAAACAGACUGAAGCCCGACUACAGGCACUGCUGACCAAUAUACAGGAGACAGACAAUCUAAAUAAACAAACCCCGAACCACACACACCAAACCCGACUCCUACAACUGAGACGGGAACUAGCCACACUACUACAGGCUAAACAUCACAGAGACGCAACAAGGCACAAAACCUUCUUCACAGUACACGGGAACAAAAGCGGCAAACUCCUAGCCGCGAUGCUGAAAAAGCAGAGGCAACACAAAUACAUUGAUAAAAUUAGAGACAAACAGGGCACUCUACACCGCCUCCCGACAGACAUCAUGAGAACAUUCCGCACAUACUACACCGAUCUUUACACGCUCCCCCAACCGAAGACCAACGGGGCGACAACACACCUCAGAGACUCUAUCCGGGCCUACUUGACAAAAUACCAGACACCGACACUUGACGCGGAGAUAGCGGAGGUCAUUGACGAACCCAUCACAAUAGAGGAACUAGCUCUAGCGGUUAAACAAACCAAACCGGGCAAAAGCCCGGGACCCGACGGCCUACCGACUAAAUAUUACAAGACAUACGCUGAAGACUUAUAUCCACUCAUGAUAGAAGCGUUCGAUACGAGAAGGGAACAAUUUCCCCAGACAAACCCUAACAGCCCACAUUACUAUUAUCCCCAAAGACGGCAAAGACAGAGAACAAUGCGGAAACUAUAGACCGAUCUCACUUAUAAAUAGCGACAUUAAACUACUGGCCAAAAUCCUGGCGACCCGACUCACGCAACACAUCCCAUCACUGAUCCACCCAGACCAGGUGGGAUUCGUGACAGGCCGAGAAGCUCAAGACAACACCAUCAGGGCACUUACCCUCAUGCAUGGGACAGGAGGCACGAAAGGGGGCCUUAUCCUGCUGUCAACAGACGCAGAGAAGGCCUUCGAUAGGGUCGGCUGGACAUAUCUCUUUGAAACACUCGCCCAUGCGGGACUAGGGCCACAAAUGCGACGCUGGAUAGAGGCAUUGUACCGAGAACCCACGGCCCAGGUGCUGGUCAACAGGGCGUUAACUGAUGCCUUCACAAUACAUAACGGCACGAGACAAGGCUGCCCCCUCUCCCCACUUCUAUUCGUCCUUGCCCUGGAACCAUUCCUCACACACAUCCGACACAACACAGACAUAACCGGACUGACAACAGGCAACACGCAACACAAGGUAGCUGCGUACGCAGACGACCUACUCUUCCUGGUAACGAACCCUGAAAUCUCCCUCCCAAACAUACAGAGGGAACUAUAGCUAUAUGGGGUAAUCUCCAAUUUGAAAAUUAACUACGGCAAAUCCUAUAUCCUUAACGUAAGCGUCCCUACUGCACGGGCGAACCCCCUCCGACAAAGCUUCCCCUUCCAAUGGGCCGAACAUAAAAUUAGAUAUUUAGGAGUCUGGCUGACCAACCGAAGUGAGGACAUGUUCAGGGAAAAUUUCACAGACACACUCCAGACGUUCCAAAAAGACAUGCGAGAAUGGUCGUACCCCCACAUUUCAUGGCUAGGGAGAGUCCAAGUAAUAAAAAUGAACUUCCUCCCACGCCUCCUAUACCUCCUCCAAGCCAUCCCCAUUGAGAUCCCGGGCCCCUUUUUCAGUACCCUUAGAACAGAAAUGACCAGAUACGUAUGGAAUGGACGGAAACCUAGAGUGAAAUUCUCUACCCUGACACGACCUAAGGAUAAAGGAGGGUUAGCCCUCCCAGACCUCCACCUAUAUUAUGUGGCCACACACCUCCAGAGAAUUGUGGAGUGGUCAAAAGACGGCGUGCACAAACUCUGGAAGACGGUAGAAGAGGCGGAAGCAGGCAGACCACUCUCGGGACUACCCUGGGGACGUGAACCGACAAAAUGGGGCGAAAUGUCCAUAUACACAAAACACACCAUGAAAGUAUGGAGGAAGAUAGCGAGGAAGGGGACCAUGUCACCAUACCCCUCCCCCCUUCUUCCACUGACGCACAACGUCGACUUCCCCCCCCGGGACAAGACCCAAGAGCCUUUAGAGACAUCCUCCCAGACCCACACCCACGCCUACACCAUGUCCUGCAGGGAGAGAAAUGUAAAAAACUGACACAUGACGACAGCGACGCACCCGACUUUCAUGCAGCACUUCAGAUACACCCAGCUAACCAACUUCGUCCAUACCUUACCACAGGGCUCAGCGCUCACUAGACAACAUACCACACUGGAAGUGGUCUGUAUGCACCCAGACCCGCUCCCACAUGGAGUAUCUUUCCUUUACACCAUGCUACAAACGGACAUCCCGACCGAGACACCCCUAUUUAUGAGGAAAUGGGAGGAUGCCCUCGGAUACACGCUGACAAAUAAGGAAUGGGAGUCCAUAUGUUACCUCACACACCACUGCUCUACGCACAGCAAAACACAAGAGACAGCCUACAAACUUCUGACACAAUGGUACAGGACACCUCACUUCCUACCCCAGAUAGACCCAGACCAACCAGGCCUAUGCUGGCGAUGCCAACAAGAGGAGGGCAGUAUCACACACAUAUGGUGGGAAAGCGCAAAGAUCAAACCAUACUGGCAAAACAUCCACAAAAUGCUAGAGAAAUUCACAGACAAACCACCCCCCUGGAACUGGCAGCAAUGCUCCUACACCACACUUCUACCCCUCACUCCAAAUACAAAAAAUCUAUGACUAUUCGAAUACUCAACGUAGCCAAACGAGUGCUCCCCCAAUUCUGGAAACAGGCCAUAACACCUCCACUUAAUAUCUGGUUUAGCCAAAUGGAGGAACUGAGGACAAUAGAGGAACUGACCCUGACGACUAACACUUCCCCGACAGCCUACAUGGACAUAUGGACACAUUGGAUCCUAGAGACGGCGGAAGAAGGAUUCCAAAGGGAACUAGAAUCGGCAACUGCCACACCACAGACAGGAAGGACUUAGGGAACACACACCUGACGACAGGCGACGACUGACUACCCUCACACCCCUUCCUACCCCAACCCUAACUUUCCCUUCCCCCCUCCAGAGGAAAGCCAAGAGAUAAUAAACCCAAUCCAGGUAGAUACACAAGUCAAUGAGAGGGCACACAUGAGAUUUGAAUGUCAAACUCACAGGGAGUCGGGUCACCCUGACCAGUAAGUCGGACGAAAGGCCGACGAGCCUCUGUAUAACCCGCACACAAAUUACAACUGCAAUAAAUGUAAUGAACUGUAAUAGAGAAAUGCUCGUAAAAUAAGUUAAAAGGGACUUGCAAGUCCGUCAACAUUGUGGGCCUGCGAGCCCGACUAAAAGUUACUGUUUUUGAUAUAUUCCAAAUGCCUUCAUAUCCUUUGAUAACUCACCUUGGAGACCUGCGAGUCUUCGACUAACCAAUACAAAUAAAAAUUAUAUUCACAAAAAAAAAAAAUGUAUUUAUUUUUAUAAGGUUUGGCUACCAGCAUAGGACUUGAAAUUUGGUAUACACAAUGUGUCAAAAAAGUGUCUAUCAAUAAGAAGUUUGCUGUGUGACCCUAAGAGUUGUGUAAAAUCUGAUACUUUAAUUUCACUUGUUCACCCUGGCCCUGCGUCAGAUGUCAUGGUUAUUUCAGUCCACUUGGUCCUUGGAUACUAAACACAACUUAUGUAUUUAUUUUUAUUUUUUUAGACAAAGCAAAACCAAAGGCAAAGAAAAAAGUAGAAGCCAGUUCCCACUUCCAAAGACAAAGAGUGGAUACAUUGCUAAUGGAACUCACACAAAAAUUCCCUCCGGUGUUUGUUCAGGUAAGUGUGCUGCUCAGGCUUCAAUAGAGUUAAAAUCUCCAUAAUGCUGAAUGGAUCCAGCAGUGUGAAUAUUCCAAUUAUUAUCAAUGCUUUAUAUAGGAAAUGCAUAGAAAUUUGAAGAUACCUGUCUGUGUUCAGCUAUUUCACAAAAGCUGAGAUUUUUAUUCCUGCAGUGACAGCUGCAAGCAAGAACUCUUGGAGAUCUUCAAAGGGUUACUUCCAUCAUCAUACCCACUACAGCUUGCUGCCGUGGCUAUGAUAUGAGGAGAACCCUGUCCCCAUUCUUUGGUAAUAGGACAAACAGGUUUGCAACAGUUUGCCAUGUGACAGGCGUCCUGCCAAGCGCUGGGGGGGUCCUCCAUUGGCCAGUGUUGCGUCUUAAGCCUCUACAGUUGCCGGCUGUCAUUCAUUGGCUGAGACGAUCAGCUCAGUGUUUUCAGCCAAUGAAUGACAAACUGUGCAUUGAAUUUACAUUAGCCAGCCAGGAGCUCUUGUUUCGGCAGGGUAUGGAUGUACUAAUGAUGCUUUCAGAGAUGAUGAUACACCUCUUACAUCAUUAAAUCUCUGUAUGUGCAGUGUUUCGUAGUGAUAUACUGCACAUACAAACGCCAAGCACCAUGACAACUUCAAAACACUGAAGUGGCCAUGGUGCUUGAAGUACCCCUUUAAUCUAAUCCCUGGCCUAAUCUCCAAAGUCCACCAGCAUUUUCCAAUGCAUUCAGACCCUGAAAAAAGGAAAGUUGAGAGGCAUGGGGAUAAUUGUAAGGAAGUUUAUUUAUGACGGCAACACCAUGCACCAAACCAGGUGCACAAACAUUGACUGGUGAGGCAUCACAGUAAAAAACCAGAGGAAUGUUUCUGCUGAUUAUUCCUAUUGUAUCACUUUGCAGUAGGAUUUAUCCAGUUUUCCCUUUAUAAAUAGGCUCAUUUGUGUAUAAAAACUAAAAUACACUUACACUCUGUUAGGGUAUGUGUAAGAAGUCUGGCUUCCUAAUAAAAUAAUUUACCAAGCUCUUGGCUAUUAUGUUUAAUUUUAAUAUCAUUGGUUGAAAAGUCUUAACAGAUCACAUUUUAUGUUUCAGCAAAAGCCUGGGGAGAAACCAGUACCUGGUGAGUAAUUGUUUUAAACAUCCAAUACAAUGUGUUCCAUGAGUUUGCUUGUUCAUAAAGCUGAUACUUCUAUCUCUGGAGUUGCCAAUAAAGACAGUCCUCUUUAGCAUCUCGGGUCAUUGUGCAAAACAUUUUGGCAGUGGGUUAACAAGAAAAUAGAACAUGGGAGCUGAUCUCUGGGUCGAUUGACCCAUCAGUGAGUCACAGCACCUAUUCAGCCCACUAGACGUUGCUUACCUCCAAUCAAACACCAUACAAACAAGAAACCUCACAAAUGUGCUUUUGAAUUUAUUCAACAAAUAUAAUCAUAGUCUUGGUAAAUAGUCUGGGCCUUGCUGCAGCCAGAGCUUCUCUCUAAAAAUAAAAUAAAAUAAAAACUUGCAUAUGCUAAUGUGGGCUUGUGUGAGAACUUAUAAUAUUGGAACGUAAUGUGUAAGAGAUAUAGGAAUUGUUAAAAUUAGCCUGGCCUCCUAAGUUUUCUAAAUUAAGGAUAAGGAUUCAUAGACUAUUGGCAGUGUGACAACUAUGCUGAGUUUAAUAUUAACUUCAAAUCAUUUUUAAUAUUUACAUUUUUUUUUCAGUUGAACAAAUAAAGAAAGAACAGGAACCUCCCACUGAAACCAUUAAACAGGAAGAAAAAGAACCAGCGAAACCUGCUCAAGCAACAACCCCCAAAGGCCCUCCAGAGAAGAGAAUGAGACUCCAGUAGCAGGAUGUGGUUGCAUUUUAAAUCAACUACAGAAUAGGAGUAUAUCCAUUAAUGAAGUGACUGAAACAUGCUUCACAAACACACUCCCAAUACUCAAUCUUUUAAAGGGACACUGCAAGCACCGUAACUACUUAUUGUAGUGGUUAUGGUACUAGGAGGCUAUGGAUGGAACCUCCUAAGGUUUUGUCAAAACAUUUUCAAAACAAUUUCUCAAAAAAGCAGGAAGCCCGUGUGGCAAAUCCUCCUGUACCCUUUGCUCACAGUCAUGCUAUGUGUGCUUACAACAUUCUGGUUAAUAAAAACCUCCUCAUGAUGAUGUCUCCAAUUGAGGAUGUGGGUUCAUAAAUCAAGGAACAGGGAUUUAUGAACACUGUUCAUUUUGUUAAACUGUUUGAAAAUAUGUUGACAUAAACUGUAACAAGUGUGCCCCUACUUUUUCUAGUGCCAUCACUGGUGCACUAAGUUGCAGUAGUUCUGGUGGUUGUAGUAUCCCUUUAAAGCGUCUGUCACCCCCACUCAAACAAUAAAAUACAAUUUGAGCAUUUUAUAAAGCUGAAAUAGGAAAUUUAUAAAUUGCUCAUAAAGAUUGCUUUGGAAUUUCAUUGAAAUUCCAACACAGUGACAAAAGACCAAGCUACUGCCAUCAAGUUUAGUCACUUGCCAACGCAAUAAGGCAUUAUCUUACUCAUCAGAAGAUAAGAUCUAUGGAGCCUCUUGCCAGUUCCUUUAUAGACUUCAGUGUUGUACUCGCAAGUAUGUGCGUGAGUAAAGAACUGACAUGGGCUUCUGGUAGAUGAAGCGCCAAGAGCUGAAGAACGAAGAUGGCAGCAGCUGUGGCGGAUAUCGGGUAAGUUUGACUCCCCUCUGAUGAACCCCCAGGCCACCGCACACCAAAAAUCGAUUUUGUCAUCGGGGGGGGGGGUCUUUGCAAAAUAUGCAACAUAUGCAGAAGGGGACAGAGCCACUUUACGUAUGAAUGCUGUAUGUGGCAUGUUACAUGUAUGGUCUGCAACUUUAUCUCUACCUACUUCAUCAUCAGAGAUGCCUGAGUUGGAUCCAAGACAAAUGAUCAGAUUCCGUCUAUUUAUAACUGCAUUUAGGAAGACAUAUGUUACUAUGUUGCCUGAAAUACAAAUCUACUAGAUCAAAAUGGAGCCAGUGCUGAAAUCUUUAAACAGAAAUUGUAAUGUGCUUUGUAGUUGCCACUAAAUGAUGGGAUGCUGACAAUUCCUAGACUUGUUAUCGUGAAGUGGGGGUAGACCUCGUAUGGUGAAAAUAAAAGACUACCUAACAUUGAAAGAAGCACUACAUCAGAAGUGUCCAAUUCACUCCCUGCCACCCUCUGGCUGUUGGAUUCUAAUACACAUAGUUGUUAAACAGCCAUUGUGUGUAUGACCUUUCCAUAGUUACCGGUUUGGAGAUUUCAUGCAUACAAUGCACACAAGAAAACUUAUUCAGAUCUCUUGAUAAUAGUAUAUCCAAUGUUAAGUGGUGUACAGCCUUGCAUAUCUGCUCACAUUCAGAGGUAUAUGGAGCUGCAAGCACCCUCUGUAUUUGUUGGCUCUUGGGAUGGUAGAAACUAAUAUACUUUUAUUGAUUACCCACAUGGGUUGUCAAGGGACUUGCACUACCCUGUGAUGUUCUUUGUACACUCCCAGAACACUUGUCGCUAUUGCUUAUGUGAUGAUAUCAUGGACAAACAAAGAAGUGGUCCUCUAAAUCCUAACCCCUUACUCUGUUGCUGGACAGGGCUUUUGUGGGUGUUUUUUUGUUUGUUUUUUUAAUUUUUGGGGGGGAUUUUUUUAAAUGUCGCCAUGGACUGUAGUUUACCUGUAGGGGCAUUUGAUUAUUUGACUCAUGUGGUUUCUCACCAUAAUGUGGUUGGUCAUGCCCUAAAUGUGUGUGGAACUUUGCAGGUGAAUGAAAAUAGUCUGUAAUCAUGUUAGAUGGACACGCUGGACAUUAACACAACUUGAGUGAAUCUGAGGUUAACUGAGCCCACAAGGCAACACAUUUUUUGCAUAUUUAAAUCUCUGGCUUUGCAAACAAAAAAAAAAGAAAAGUUUUGCAACAUGUCCCCAACUUCCCUUUUUAUAAAAAGUCUUCCUGAUGGGACGUACACGGUAUAGCUCAGCCAAUGAGAGAUGUCUGAGCUGCUGAUUUGAUUCCACCACACAGCUAGACUUUACGCUCUUAAGAUCUGUAGUAUUGUAAUACAGGCUUCACUCUGCUAAGGGGAAAAGAGGCAGACAAUAAGUGGACAGUAAUUGCUACUGCAGCUUCCUCUUGAGCUCUCAUUUGCUGAGCUGUGUAAAUACAAUUCAUACUGCCAGUCAUGAGGAUAUUUUGUGAAAAGGGGAAUAUGGCUAGGAUGCAGAAAGUGGGAAUUAUAUUGUUCCCUUCUUCAAAUCUGCGGUGAAAAAUAUAUUCUGGAUAUGAAGGAAACCUGCCGACAAAACCUUUUUCAUAGGCCAAGAAUUUCCAAAUACAUCUGCAGAUUUGUAUGAAUUCAGUUGAACAUGGUGCCUACUCAGUGCUGAGCAAGUUGUGACAAUUCAGGAGGUGGUCAGCUCUACAUUCUACUUUAUCUUACGUUUAAAAGAAAAUGGUGAAACAAAAAUGUUUAAAUCAUAUCCACGUGUGAUCCUUAACUUAUCACUAGCACUAACUUAAGGAAAAGUAUGACUAUAUGUGAUUGGCCACCAUCCCCUUAUAAUGUACAGGUUCCCACCAUGUGAAGCACCAGUAAGUGAUCAGACUCCAUGUUUACCGGUUUUACGCUGGAGUUUCUGCUACACUGCAAAGGAGAAAUGUCUAAAGAGAGAUAAUGGCAUGCAAAUCUAUUUGCAAGGUCUAGGUAACCUUCGGCACUCCAGAUGUUGUGGACUACAUCUUCCAUAAUGCUGGCAAAGCAUCAUGGGAGAUGUAGUCCAAAAUAUCUGGAGUGCCAAAGGUUGCCUACCCCUGCUCUAGACUGAUAGUGAUAGCUGGGGAAGACCUUGUAUAUUGUCAAGCACCCCCACCCCUUCAUGGCUGAUUUUUAUUGAGUUUAUUUGUAUUCAUGACUAGAGCAAAAUUGUACAUUUUGAUAUGUUUUAUUUUCUCAAAUGUAAUUUGUUGUUUUCUCAUUAAAUGAAACCAUUUUGUUUGUUUAUUUUUUUAAAGGACAGAUAUGACUUAAUUUUGAAAGCCAAUGUCUAUCCCUUUGUAGAACACCAUUAAUAAACUUAAAAAAUAUGAAAAAAA